AUGAAUAAAACUUUUUAUUAUACUCAACACAGUCAAAUAACAAACAAAAUCAAAACAGAAAAUGUUAUUGAUAAAAAUAUUCGAACUAAGUUAUUAGCAACAAAAACUUAUUAUUCUUACAAAGAAAACAAAACUUUUGAAUCAAAAACUAAAUUUGUCGAACCUUCUAUCAUCACAAAUGAUUUAAAACACUACAAAGAAAACAUUAAAAAUAUUAAAUAUAAUCGUCCAGUAAACACAGACUCAUUAAUUAAUACAACUCGAUUUAAUUACCAAGAAAACUGUGGUAAAGUAUUUCAGUACAAACCGAACAACAAACGCGAUUUGUGGCUCACCGCAGUUGGUUUUAAAGAUGUCAAUUACUUCAAGUUAAUACAAGACGAGACUAUUGUUUCUUUUGGUCUUGCUCAAUCUUCAAUUCCAAAUGCCGACAAGGUUGUUUUGUUGCUUCCCGGCGUUGAAAUACCUGGUUUUGACGCAUUAGCGACUAAAUAUGGAAUUAAAGUACUGAAAAUGGACUUUUCGAUAUUUUCGGAGUUCUCUAACAAGAAGAUGAAUUUGAGAAGCUACAAAAAAGAAGACAAAGAGAACGGAAGAAAUGACCGUUUCUGUAAAAUCUUUUUAUAA